AGUAGUGAAAGAAAUUGUGCUUCAAUUGAUAUUUUAAUAAUAGAUUAUCUUAUUUUUCAAGGAUAUUGUCGAGCGAGUAUAAAGACAUUUUCUUACCGUUAUUGAGAAAAGUAUUAAAAUAUCGAGGCAAAAUGAUUUGUAAUUUUAUUUUUAUUCAAUGAUUGUUUAUGACAUUUAAUAUGCAGGACGCAUACAUGCGAAGCCACUGUAGUUGUAGUGCUGAGGUAUUGGCAUAGAUAUAAUACACGUGGCCUUAGUAAAAAUUUUCUACCGUCGCGUAUAUUUUGUUUUAUUAAAGGAUUUGCUAGACAAUUUAAUACGAUGGUUAGCGAAUUGUCGGAGAAAAUACUAGAUUAUAUAGAUAAACAUGAUAAGGAUGAUUCUGUUAAUCUGUCAAAAUAUUUUAAUGUUGAUUAUCAGAAGAUUGUAGGAGCUAUCAAAAGUUUGCAGGCAUUCGAAAAUUUAAUAGAUGUACAAAUUGAAAGCCGCAAAGAAUGGAUUUUGACCGAGGAAGGUCAACACGUGGUAGAACAUGGUAGUCACGAAGCAGCUGUGUAUAAUGCUGUUCCUGCCGACACGAAUGGAAUUCGACAAGCGGAUAUUCUUGCUAAAGUUCCUUAUGCCAAAGUUGGGUUGUCCAAGGCUCUUGCUGCCUCUUGGGUUGAAUUGGUGAAGGAUAAAAAUGAUGCUAUCCUAAGGAGAAAGGUGCAUAGUAUUUCGGAUGAUAUUCAGAAGAACUUGAAGGAAUUGAAAACGCUGUCAGACGAUUUAAAGAAAGAAUAUAAGAAACGAAAAUUAAUUAAGGAAAAUAUUGUUAAGGUUAUGACAAUUGAGAAAGGAUCAAACUUUUCAAUUAAGGUUGAUAAACCAGAAGCUGAUCUAACUGCCGAUUUAUUGAUUAACGAUGCAUGGAAGGGGAAGAAUUUUAAGCCUAUUAAUUUGGACUCACGUGGUACAGUAAUAGAAGUUGGACAUCUGCAUCCAUUGUUAAAAAUUCGUUCAGAGUUUAGAAAAAUAUUUCUUGAAAUGGGUUUCGAAGAAAUGCCAACUAAUAAUUAUGUAGAAAGUUCGUUUUGGAAUUUCGAUGCCCUAUUUCAACCUCAACAACAUCCAGCAAGAGAUGCCCACGAUACUUUUUUUAUUUCCGAACCUGCUGUAAGCACAUCUUUUCCUGAAGAUUAUUUGAAAAGGGUUCAAAAAGUUCAUAGCGAGGGUGCCUAUGGCUCACAAGGUUAUGGCUAUGAUUGGAAAAUUGAGGAAGCCCAAAAAAAUUUAUUGAGAACGCACACUACUGCAGUCAGUGCUCGUAUGUUAUAUAAAUUAAUGCAACAAGGUGAAUUCCAACCGGUAAGAUACUUCAGCAUUGAUCGAGUAUUUAGAAACGAAACAUUAGAUGCCACGCAUUUAGCUGAAUUUCAUCAAGUCGAAGGUGUUAUAGCUGAUUAUAAUCUUACCUUAGGUGAUUUAAUCGGUACUCUUUAUGAAUUCUUUAAGAAACUUGGUAUUACGAAACUUGAGUUUAAGCCAGCUUACAAUCCAUAUACCGAGCCAAGUAUGGAAAUUUUUUGUUUUCACGAGGGUUUAGGAAAAUGGAUCGAAAUUGGAAACAGUGGUAUGUUUAGGCCAGAAAUGUUAUUGCCAAUGGGUUUACCAGAAAAUGUCAAUGUAAUCGCUUGGGGCUUAUCGCUCGAAAGGCCUACAAUGAUAAAAUACAAACUAAACAAUAUAAGAGAUCUGGUCGGGCCGAAAAUUGACUUAGAAAUGGUUCAGAACGAUCCACUAUGUCGUCUCGAUAAAUGCGAAAUUUCAGCGGAAUUGAGAAAGCCCAACGAACCUUGUGUAAAUGAUUCGCUAAACGUCCCAGUGAGAGCUCUAGAACCCAUUAAAGAAGACAUAGUAAUGUUCUGUGACCCGAGGUAUCCGCCUUACUUCGUCAAACCUCUUCUGGCCCUUUUAAAACAAACUUUUUCUAUACGCACAUCCGUUCAUUUACAUUCCACAUUGCACCAAUCCAUGAUUUCCGACGAUUUACGAGGAUUCUACGACGACGUAUUGGGUCCGGGUGACCUCGACAACUCCUUGCCAGAGCUUAUCCUCGUUCUCAUCUGGAGUAUUGGAGACGAUUCAGCGGUGUGUCGACUUAAAUGUUCAGGAGGACGAGAAAUCGCCGGCCAGGUGAACGUCGCCCGAUACUUAGGUCGUCUCGUCGAGCAGCGAACACCUAAAUUGCUGAGGUACGAGAGCAUAGGCGCGCUUUUUGCCAACGACAUGGACGCGUUGCUACUUAAACUCGAGAGUACCGAGCCAUUCGAUCGAUCGAGUAUUGCGGAAUUGUUCAGGGAAGAGAGGGAAAGUCGACGGCGAAAGCAUUUCUUUGGAGAUGAGAUGAGUCUAAUUGACGUGUUCUUUGAGUCUUAGUAUGCUUUUAUAAAUGUGUUUAAAUUUUAUUGGCAUAAGCGAAUUAAAGUUAUUA